CGUCGCCGUCGUCGUCGUCGUCGUCGUCGUCGUCGUCGUCGUCGUCGUCGCCGUCGUCGCCGUCGUCGUCGUCGCCGUCGUCGUCGUCACACGUGCCGAAACUUGUGUGAACGUGCUUUGGUUUGUUGGUUUGUUUCAUCAAGUUUUACCAAGCGAAACGGUGCGGGUAUACGAACCUCUUUGGAUACAACUUAACAAGAUGUGGUGUCUCGUUAGUCAAGCAAACUCCGUCAUCCUCGAAGUGCAAGUCGAUCCCAAAGCCAUUGGUCAGGAGUGUCUGGAGAAAGCAUGCGACUGUUUGGGCAUUAGCAAGGAAUGCGACUACUUUGGCUUGAAAUACCAGAACGCGAAGGGCGAGGAACUCUGGUUGAACCUGAGGAAUCCCAUAGAGAGACAAACGGGUGGCGGCGUAGCGCCUUUAAGAUUCGCAUUGAGGGUUAAGUUUUGGGUGCCGCCUCACCUGUUGCUGCAGGAAGCCACCAGGCAUCAGUUCUACUUGCACUCUCGUUUGGAGUUACUCGAGGGUAGAUUGAAAGUGUCGGACUGGGCUUCUGUGGCACGUUUGGUCGCUUUGAUAGCGCAGGCCGACACGGGUGAUUACGAUUCGCUGUCGCCACCGAACGCGCUCUACUCGCAAUGUUGUCAAAUUCGAACGGCGGAGCCGUGCGAAUCCAGACCUCAGGACUUUCUCCAUCGGAUAGUUCAACAACACAAGGAGAUUAAGGCGAUGAAAACCUCCACCGCCGAGUAUUGGUUACUGAAGGAGAUAUCCAAUUUGGAUACGUUCGGCCAGGAGAUGUUUCACAGUAAAUUCGGGUACAACAGAGUGUCGAUGAUCGGAGUGGGACCUCACGGUAUCACGGUUUAUCGCAAUCACGACGAGGAAACGCAAAACAUACCAUAUACGGCGAUACAAAGCGCAACGACUCAACGUCGAAUGUUUCAUUUAGUUUACCUGUCGCUGGACGGCGAGGAGACGUCGUUAAAUUUCAAAUUAGAUUCGAGUCAAUCCGCCAGUGGACUUUACCGGGCGAUUACCGAGAAGCACGCGUUUUAUAGCUGCGAGACGGUCAGGAGCGCGGUUACGGCGCAAUUUAUACGCGACUUGAAGGGCACCAUUAUCUCGAUAUUCAACGAGGAUUCCACGUUAGGAAAGAAAUACGUGUUCGAUAUUCGUAGAACGUGCCGAGAGGUGUACGACAACGCGCGGCGCGCUCUCUACUGCGAAGCUGCUACCGUUAGCCUGCCGGAGGAGAAGGAAAUUUUGCAGAAGCAGGAUUGCGGAGACUGCGAGGAUCCGAAAUGCAAGGAAUCUCGAGAAUGUCUAACGAGGCUGUUGGACGCGAUGCUGUGCCGCAUUUGCAUGGACCGUAGUUUAGACACUGCCUUGUUCCCGUGCGGACACGCGGUAGCCUGCUUGGAUUGCGCCAGGCGAUGCGAACGUUGUCCACUCUGUCGAGCCGAUAUCGACCAUUGUCGCACCAUAUAUCUUCCGAUCGAGCUAACGCACGUCGACAAGCACAAUCCGAAAUUGCUCUCGGAAUCCAUCGAACCUAAUUACGGCAACUCUUCUACCGAGGAAAUUCAAAAGAGAAGCUUGGCAGCCGAGAGCUCCGUGGUAAACGGUAACGAUAUUUGAGAACGUCGUUGCACCGAGUUUCACGCUUCUCGAACAUUCUUCUCUAGAACCUUUGCUUGCCGAAUCGAGAGAACGCAUUGACUUUUUCUCCCGUCUCUACUAUCCUACUGUCUCUGUUUUUCCCUUUUGUCCUAUUCAUUGCCCUUUGAUUUACGUCAAAAUCCCACGCAUCGACCGUUCUAUCGUCUUUUCCCGUACAUUCGUUUUAUCCGUACGACGAUCGAUUUUUCGUUUUUCUUCUUUCGUUCGUUCCAACGUCGAAGAAACGCGAACGAUUUGUCGCCACCGUGACGAAGAAACGCGACGUUGCCCGUAACGUUCGGAAAACCGGACGAUACGACUCUGUUUUUUACCGAGCCCGUUCAAAGGUGAAUAAUUCGCACAACAAGAUCAUGUUCGCUGUCUACGCUUCCUCGUUCGAAUAAUAAGAGUUUGCGUGGUUUCGUUCGACGGGAGUUCAGUCGAUCGGGCAUUAACUGAAAUUUCCUUCCAAUGAAUCUAGUUCGUAUAAAUAAACUUUUACUUUUACACGCCCUUUCUUUCUCUCUCUACCUCUCUUUCUCUCGUUUAAAUACGUAUCUACAAUGUAAUUGUAAUAACGUUACACGAUACAUGUAUACCUCUUAAUCGAGUAAUAACAAUAUUGUCUGAAUCGCGCGACCGAAAAGUGCUAUUAGCAGCGUUGAUCUUUGAAAAACGAUGCUGUCGUUGUUUCCAAGACAGAGUAGCGUAUUUUAUUUUAUUGAAAAGUUUAAUGCGUCGUAUAUAGAUACGUUUACUUUUAUCGACAGUUGGACCAACGAGUUUUCUCGUUUUAUUUAAGUGUCGUUUAUAACGCUUCGUUCCUCUUAGAUAGAUUAUAUCCUCGUUUCUUUCUUUCUUUCUUUCGUACGUACUUCAACUUUCAUUUAGAUACGGCGGUAGGCCACUGGGCUUUAUUAAAAUCGAUGACCGUUCGUAUUUUCAAUAUAGCGUAUUCAUUAUGCAUACGCGAUAUGGUUUAUAAAACGACUGCUAUAACGCUCCCCUUCUUCUAGAAGACGUUUCAUCCGAGUCACUCGAAUCUCACGUCACUCGAUCAUUAGGUCAUCCAUUGAUCGAUCGUUGGCGCGAUAAAAUUUUCUUCAUUGAGAGCGACCCGCGAUAAUUGUAUCAAUUUUACCGUCACGAAUGGCCUACGCAAAUAGAAUUUCCACCAUUCGAGAAGUCGACAGGCCGACGACAGAGAUACCACGCUACGAGUUAUCUCUCUUUUGGAACGUCUUGUACAAGAAGGAAACCUUGUUACGGUAAUAUCUGUUUAUAUGUACAUAAAAAAGCGAGAUAACCCCUCGAUAGGGUCAAGCGAGUAAAAGUCACGAGUUCGCCAAAUGUCAAAUCUGAUUUAACAAACUCGGUGCGAAUGCCAUCUUUUAAGUAAGAGAAUCGUAAUAAAAGAAAUACGUAUGUUAAUCGAUGUGCUUUGCAUGCAAAAGACAAUUGACAUGACAUGGACGAUAGUUCGUUUCAAAGGAGCACACAAGAAAAGGCUGUUUCCAAUCAAAAGAAAAAAUAGAAUGCAAAUAUCGUAACAUAUUAUUUAUAUCGUCUACUCGCGAGACAUCGUUCUUCGUUCUUGUCCUCGAUCGACGACUCAUUUGUCGUCCAACAUCUGUGACUGGCAUUUCAGCAGACUCGAAUGCUUGUCGAAACGGAGGAUACCAGGGAGAAUGAAAGUCAAAGAAAUUGUUAUAGUCAUUCAUCAAUGCAAAACAGAUCUAGUUCGUAAUUAUUCGUAAGGGAAGAAACAAUAGCAUUAAGUCGGCGUAGCGUAAUCCCUUUUUUCCUGACAUUCGUAGCGCUUCGCAUCUCUAAUCUCUCUCUCUCUCUCUCUCUAUAUAUAUAUAUAUAUAUACGUCAUUUAAUUUCCUUUAGUAUUUUUCUAUCCUAUCGUUGUUACGAAAAUCGUGAUUACGCUGCUUUUCUAAGUCAAAUAUCGAUCCGAAGGGUUCUAUGCAAACGCAAAUGUAAUAGAUAUAGAACAAUAAUAUUCAAAUACAAAAGUUAAGCAGACGUAUCGGUGCAUUGUAUUUCUUCAUGGCCGGGAAUAAAAAUAUUUUCUUCGAAAUUCUCCGAUUACGUUGUCGACGUUCGACGUUGAUGGGCUUUUAUUCGUUAGAAGAUAAUUUUCCAAGCACGCGCUACAAAAAUAAAAAACCGUUUUAUACGUAUACAUGUAAUAUCGAUGGUCCGUGGUCUCGAGGAUGGAAACAGUUUGUACCACCGCUAUGCGUUUACUCGAUAUAUGUAAGUUUAAUAAUAAUUACAACGAUAACAUCGUUAUGAUAAAAAACAACAAAUAUUUGUGAUUAACUCUCUGUAUAAAUGCGAAGAAAUUUCAAAUCAUUGUAAUUGUUAGAUCUGUAAGGUAGAAAUGUGAAAGAUAUACGAGAGAAUGGAUUUUUAUGAAUUAUCAUUUGCAAAGAGUAUUUUUAAAGUAUUUCCAAUUAUUUUUUAGUAUUAUAUCAGGAUUCCACUUUGAUUAGUGGUGUAUACAUAUGAGACCGAUACACACUAUAAAAAAUAAUUUUUAGCGUUAUAAAGUGUCCCAACCUGUUGAUUAAAUAUUAUAAAAUAUCAA